AUGGCGCCCCAGGAUUCCUUUCAGGGCGGUGACGCCCCUAGGGAACAUCCAGGGGACCCUUCUAUGGGCGAAGGUGCCCCCAUGUGUCCUAAUACAGGCGGCAGCGCUAUCAGGGCCAGCGACGCCCCCAGAAACCCUUUCAGUGACAGCGGCGCCCCCAGAGAACCUCCUAGGGGAGACGACGCUCCCAGGGACCAUUCCAGGGACCCUCCUAGGGGAAUCAACGCCCGCAGAAUCACUCCCAGAGUCUGCAGCUCCCCCAUUGGGCCUCCCACCGGCUAUGGUGCCUCUAGGGGCCCUCCCAGUGGAGAUGGAACCCCCAGGGGCUCUCUUGUGGGCAGCAACGCCCCCAGAAAUCCUCCCAGAGACGUUGCCGCCCUCAGGGGGCGUCCUAGGGGAGACAGGGCCCCCUAG